AUGGACGAACUAACGAAAUUGUAUUCGCCGUCUGUUUGGGUCAAAGGAGGAGAUCCAGAAAAGGUAUGGGAAAAUGUCACUCGGACAUUGGUAACGCGAAUCGGACGUGUCGAGACCAUUUAAGCACCGUCAGAACUCUUAAGUGACCCCUAGAAUCGCUCAGAAUCGUCCGGUUUUCGCUAACGAAGUCUAAGUCAGUUGAAAGACAAGUUUGAUUCGUCUUCCAACUAUUUUUAUACUUCCAGAAUCAAAAAAUUGAAUUCCUUUUGGAACGUUAUCAGUAGAAUCAAGAACAAAAUGAUCUUUUGAACUUUCAGGUGCUCAACGAAUUCUACAGCGACACAAAAAACUCCUACGAUUCCGCGAAGGAAGGAAAAGUCCACGAAGAGGAUCUGCCUUACGGAGAUGGUUCAUAAGGAAAAAUCAAAAAAUCGUUUUUCUUUUUAGAAGAACGGCAGAAGUUCGAUACCUGGGGCGAAGUGAAAGAUAAGCUUCUGAUCAUUCUUCACGGCGGCUACUGGCAGGUGAGGGCACGGCGAUCCCUAAAAAAUUCAAAAAUUGAAGGAAGGAACCCGGAAAGAUUGCUUAUCUGUAGUUGCUCCAGCGCAUAUACAAGGGUUCGCAGUGGCCUCUCUAGGGUACGGCCUUUCUUCGGCCGAGCAUCCGCUCAGCUGCACUGUCGAUGACGUCAUCAGAGGGGUUGAGGUUUUUGCAAUUUUCAAAUUUCUUUUGACAAACUUUUUCCAGUUCCUGCUCAAAUCGUAUCCCCAAGUCGAAACUCUGGCCAUCGCAGGACAUUCUGCUGGAGCGCACUUGGCUUUUCACGGUUUUACGGCUCUUUUUUCCGAACCAACUCAAUUUCAGCAGCGACAAGGGUUCGGUCCGAAAAGAUCAAAGGGCUGAUUUUGAUCGCAGGCGUUUAUCAGUUAGACGAGCUAGUUCAUACGCAAAUCGGGAAGGCUAUCAGGUGGGAUUUUCUUGGUCUAUUCUAACUUCAGAAAAAAAGUUUAUGAAAUUGUGCUGAUCAUGUUUUUGUUCAACGGGCUAUGCUGAAUUUUUCCUAACUUCCGCCAAAGUUUGACAGAAGAAGAGGCUCGAAAGAACAACUGUGAUCAUCUUCUUCUACAAGGCCUGCCGCUCAAAACUACCAUCAUUUUGGGCCCAGACGAGUCCCCCAAACUCGUCGAGCAGAACAGAAACCUCGCAGAGGCUACGAAGGAAAUAGUUUUGAAGGUGAGUUGUCUUUCAAAAAGAAGUGAAGCGAGAGAACAGCGGUGGUACGAAGACGGCAGAGAAAGAUGGAUAAUGUGUUUCUCUGGCGUCUCUUCAAGCCGCAGCUGAUCUCUCGUUUCAACUAUUUUCCAUAACUUUUUUUUUCCAGGAUUACCCCGACGUCAACCACUUCACGGCUUUGACCAACCUAAACAAAAUCGACACUCUACAAUCUCAGGAUUUCCGCGAAUUCCUAAGUACUCUAUAA